AUGCAAUACCCACAACUCUGUCGCCUCCACCACGAGGAUGCACUCUGCCUUUUUGGCAAGCCCAGCAAGCGACAAAGGUAUGGACCCCUCUCGACAGGGGGGGGGAUAGAGGAGCCACCCAAAGACACUCUCGGCGGCUUCGUAGGCGGCAGCGACACCAUCUCCAGCCGGGACCUGGACGUGACGGACGAGGGCGAGUGCGGUCAUGGGGUGCAUAGGCAAGGUACCGGUGAUGACGCGGCGAUGGCUGCAUGGGAGGCACACCGCCGGCGACUGCAGGAGUCUCAUGAUAGGCAGCGGAGGGCCCUGGGAAAUCCUUUGGCACGCCCAGCCCUCACAGCUCCGCGCGGGCCUCGCCUGGCCCAAAGGCAGGAACAGAGACGGAGAGCUCGGGCGGAAGUGCAGCAAUGGAGUCCAGCGGGGACCCAGCCCUCGAGGCAGGAGGGGGGGCAGCAGAACUGGCUGUUGGGGGAGGCCCAGAAGCCACAAGCAAGGGAGCAGCAAGUGCGGCCGGCGGGACGGCAGCAGGAGCUGCCGGCGAGAGGGGAGCAGCAGCUGCUGGCGAGAGGGGAGCAGGAGCUGCCGGCGAGAGGGGAGCAGGAGCUGCCGGCGAGAGGGCAGCAAGAGCCGCAGGCAAGAGGGCGGCAGGCGCGGUCGGCAGGCGAGCAGCAGGUACUGCCGAAGGGAGAGCAGCAGGAGCAGCCGGCGGGAGGGCAGCUGGAGCUGAUGGCGGGGGGGGCAGCAGGAGCUGCAGGCAGGAGGGCAGCGGGAGGUGCCAGCGGGAGGGCAGCAGGAGGUGCCAGCGGGAGGGCAGCAGGAGGUGCCAGCGGGAGGGCAGCAGGAGGCGCCGGCGAGAGGGCAGCAAGAGGUGCCGGCGAGAGGGCAGCAGGAGGUGCCGGCGAGAGGGCAGCAGGAGCUGUCGGCUGGGGGGCAGCAAAUGGAGGGCAGCAGGAGCCGCCCGGGGGAGAGCAGCGUGAGCUGCCAAGGGAAGAGCAGCAGGAGCUGCCGGCAAGGGAGCAGCAAGCAAGGGAGCAGCAAGCAAGGGAUCAGCAAGCGGUAGAAGUGGAGAUGGCCGAGCUACAGCCAGAGUCACAGCAGGACCAAUUGGGAAACCAGGCCUGGCCACAGGCAGGAGGGCAGCAGGGGCCGCCCGGGGGAGAGCAGCUUGAGCUACGAAGGGAAGAGCAGCAGAAGCCGCCGGGGGUGGGGCAGCUGCCGGCAAGGGAGCAGCAAGCGGUGGAUGUGGAGAUGGCCGAGCUACUGCCAGAGGUGCAGCAGGACCAAUCAGGGAACCAGGUCCGGCUGCAGGCAGGAGGGCAGCAGGAGCUGCCGGGGGAGGAGCGGCAGGAGCUGCCAACAGGAGGGCAGCUGGGGCUGUCGGGGGGAGGGCAGCAGGAGCUGUCGGAGGGGGAGCGGCGGGAGCUGCCGGCGCGGGGGCAGCUGGAGGUCGCUAGUGCGGACUCUACAAGCCAAGCGAAGAGAACCCGGGCACGGGGCCGAGGCGGGCGACGACACACCCGUAAGACGCAAGGCCGAACUGGAAGCGGAGCUGCCGCCCAGCAGGCGGAGGGGCAGCCCGGGGCGACCGAGACACCCCCGGGAGCUCCGCGGGUGGGGGGGCAGCCCUGGGUGCCCGGGGCGCCCCAAGGAGAGCAGCAGCCAGGGGGGCAGCCGGGGGUGCCCGGGGCACCCCAGGGAGUGCAGCAGGCAGGGGGGCAGCCGGGGGUGCCCGGGGCACCCCAGGGAGUGCUGCAGGCAGGGGGGCAGCCGAGGGUGCCCGGAGCACCCCAGGGAGUGCAGCAGGCAGGGGGGCAGCCGGGGGUGCCCGGGGCACCCCAGGGAGUGCAGCAGGCAGGGGGGCAGCCGGGGGUGCCCGGGGCUCCCCAGGGAGUGCAGCAGGCAGGAGGGCAGCUGAGGGUGCCCGGGGCACCCCAGGGAGCGCAGCAGGCAGGAGGGCAGCCGAGGGUGCCCAGGGCACCCCAGGGAGUGCAGCAGGCAGGAGGGCAGCCGAGGUUGCCCGGGGCACCCCAGGGAGUGCAGCAGGCAGGAGGGCAGCAGGGGGUGCCCGGGGCACCCCAUGGAGUGCAGCAGGCAGGAGGGCAGCCGAGGGUACCCGGAGCACCCCAGGGAGGGCAGCAGGCAGGGGGGCAGCCGAGGGUGCCCGGGGCACCCCAGGGAGUGCAGCAGGCAGGGGGGCAGCCGGGGGUGCCCGGGGCUCCCCAGAGAGUGCAGCAGGCAGGAGGGCAGCUGAGGGUGCCCGGGGCACCCCAGGGAGCGCAGCAGGCAGGAGGGCAGCCGAGGGUGCCCAGGGCACCCCAGGGAGUACAGCAGGCAGGAGGGCAGCCGAGGGUGCCCGGGGCACCCCAGGGAGUGCAGCAGGCAGGAGGGCAGCAGGGGGUGCCCGGGGCACCCCAGGGAGUGCAGCAGGCAGGAGGGCAGCCGAGGGUGCCCGGGGCACCCCAGGGAGUGCAGCAGGCAGGAGGGCAGCAGGGGGUGCCCGGGGCACCCCAGGGAGUGCAGCAGGCAGGAGGGCAGCCGAGGGUGCCCGGGGCACCCCAGGGAGUGCAGCAGGCAGGGGGGCAGCUGGGGGUGCCCGGGGCACCCCAGGGAGUGCAGCAGGCAGGAGGGCAGCCGAGGGUGCCCGGGGCACCCCAGGGAACGCAGCAGGCAGGAGGGCAGCCGGGGGUGCCCGGGGCACCCCAGGGAGUGCAGCAGGCAGGGGGGCAGCCGGGGGUGCCCGGGGCACCCCAGGGAGUGCAGCAGGCAGGGGGGCAGCCGGGGGUGCCCGGGGCACCCCAGGGAGUGCAGCAGGCAGGAGGGCAGCCGAGGGUGCCUGGGGCACCCCAGGGAGUGCAGCAGGCAGGAGGGCAGCCGAGGGUGCCCGGGGCACCCCAGGGUGUGCAGCAGGCAGGAGGGCAGCCGGGGGUGCCCAGGGCACCCCAGGGAGUGCAGCAGGCAGGGGGGCAACCGGGGGUGCCCGGGGCACCCCAGGGGGUGCAGCAGGCAGGGGGGCAGCCGGGGGUGCCCGGAGCACCCCAGGGAGUGCAGCAGGCAGGAGGGCAGCCGAGGGUGCCCGGGGCACCCCAGGGAGUGCAGCGGGCAGGUGGGGAGCCAGGGGUGCCCGGAGCACCCCAGGGAGUGCAGCAGGCAGGAGGGCAGCCGGGGGUGCCCGGGGCAUCCCAGGGAGUGCAGCAGGCAGGAGGGCAGCCGAGGGUGCCCGGGGCACCCCAGGGAGUGCAGCAGGCAGGAGGGCAGCUGAGGGUGCCCGGGGCACCCCAGGGAGUGCAGCAGGUAGGAGGGCAACCGAGGAUGCCUGGAGCACCCCAGGGAGAGCAGCAGGCUGGGGGGCAGCCGGGGGUGACCGGAGCACCCCAGGGGGAGCAGCAGCUAGGGGGGCAGCCGGGGGUGACCCGAGCACCCCAGGGCGAGCAGCAGGCAGGGGAGCAGCCGGGGGUGACCGGAGCACCCCAGGGAGUGCAGCUGGCAGGAGGGCAGCCGAUGGUGCCUGGGGAACCCCAGGGAGUGCAGCAGGCAGGAGGGCAGCCGAGGGUGCCCAGAGCACCCCAGGGAGAGCAGCAGGCAGGGGGGCAGCCGGGGGUGACCGGGGCACCCCAGGGAGCGCAGCAGCCAGGGGGGCAGCCGAGGGUGCCCUGGGCACCCCAAGGAGCGCAGCAAGCAGGGGGGAGAUCGAUGGACGACCAGGAGCAACAGUUGGAGGAGUGGUGUCGACUUCUGGAGCUUGAUACCCCCAUGGCGACUACGGAGGAGUCAGAGGCGGACGAAGAACCUCCCAUGCCGCCUUCCCCAUGCCCCCGCUUCCCGUGCGACACGUGUUUCCACACUUUCGCUACGCGGGGGGCCGCUGCGAACCACCUGAGGGUAUGCCGAGCGGCUGAGGCGGAGAGGCGUGCACAGGCUCUCGGCUCGAUUCCGUCUCUGGUGGAGACCGACACGCAGGAGUGA